AUGGAUACCCAGAUGCUCACUCCCGAUACCCCGGAGCAGUCUCCGGCCUACCACACCGGUUAUCCUUUUAACACCACGGAGAGCAAGUCCGAAAGAUGGGAUUUUCCUCAUCAUGGUUACUACCCUAUCACGCCUCCCACGGAGGAGUGCGAGUCGGAUGAGGAGCUCGCAACUGUUGCAAGCUCCAUUGACCUCGAGGCGGAACCUUUGGUGGCCGUCAUCGGCGUCGGAUAUGUUGGAGAGCACCUUGUUGGCAACUUUGCUCGCAAGUUCAACGUUCUCGGUUUCGAUGUUUCUGAGGCACGCGUUCAGAGUCUUGGCCAGGAAUUCGGCCCAGACAGCAAGGCCAGGUUCACUUGCAAACCUAGCGAUAUGGCGGCUGCCACCCACUUCCUCAUCUCAGUCCCAACGCUGUUGCGCCCAGACCGGACUAUUGAUUCCUCCUUCUUGAGAUCUGCUCUCAAGAACGUCGCCACAUAUGCUCGUCCCGGUUCAGUGGUUGUCGUCGAAUCAUCCGUCGCAGUCGGCAUGACGAGAGAACUCCUUGGCCCCCUGGCGAAGGAGCGUCAUCUCUUCGCCGGCAUGUCCCCCGAGCGAGUUGACCCUGGCCGAGUUGAGCCACCCGCAUUCGCCAUUCCCAAGAUCAUUUCCGGCUUGGACGACAUGGUUCCAGGCUCUCUCAAUGCCAUUGUUCGCCUGUACUCGCAGGUGUUUGACCAUGUCGUCCCUGUAUCUCGGCCUGAAGUCGCUGAGAUGACCAAGUUGUACGAGAAUUGCCAGCGUAUGAUGUGCAUUGCGUUUGCAAACGAGAUGGCCGAUGCUUGUUUGGGCCACGGCGUUGACCCGUACGAGGUGUCCGGUGCGGCGGCGACCAAGCCCUUCGGAUACAUGCCAUUUAUGCCCAGUCUCGGUGUCGGUGGUCACUGCAUUCCAGUCAACCCGUACUACCUUCUUUCAAACAGCCACUUUCCUCUCCUGCAACAUGCAACGGAGAAGAUGCGCGCUCGCCCCAUGGCGAUUGCUCAGCGUGCGGUCGACACUCUGUGCGCCGAGAAGCUCAGACCCAGCGUCCUCGUCGUGGGUAUGGGCUUCAAAAAGGGCCAAUCGCACUUGGCCAACUCUCCAGGUCUCGAGCUUGCAAAGAGCCUCGUGCUGACGGAGAAGGUUGGUGUCUGCUGGGUCGAUCCGCUCGUCAAGCAGGAGUCCGUACCGCAGAUUUCGCGCCUGGAUGUCGAGGACUGGAACGCCAAGUCGCUAGAGCAGCGCUUCGACAUGAUCAUUGUCGCUUUCAGGCAAACAGGGCUCGACUUUGGCGUUCUGGACCAGCUCGAGAAGACUCGUGUUGAGAUGUGGUGCAACUAA